GGACCCUCAUCCAACUGCCCGGAUGUGCUCCUGGAGCUGAUCCGGGCGGGGAUGCGGGUGGUGCGCAUGAACUUCUCGCACGGCACCCACGAGUACCAUUGCCAGACGAUUCAGGCGGCCCGCAAGGCCAUGGCCAUGUACGUGGAGCAAACGGGUCUGCCCAGGACCGUGGCCAUUGCCCUGGAUACCAAGGGUCCGGAGAUACGAACGGGAAAGCUGGCCGGUGGCAGUGACACCGCUGAAAUCGAGCUCCAGCCGGGUGGGAAGGUCACUUUGAGCACCAAGAAGGAACUGGAGGAUAAGUGCACCGCGGAGGUCAUCUACGUGGACUACCCGCGAUUGCCGGAGCUUGUUAAGCCGGGAAAUCGGAUAUUUGUGGACGAUGGGUUGAUCGCCCUGGUGGUCAAGGAAACCAAGGGCGAGGAGGUGAUCUGUCAGGUGGAGAACGGUGGUAAGCUGGGCUCCCACAAGGGCAUCAAUCUGCCCGGCGUUCCGGUGGAUCUGCCCAGCGUGACCGAGAAGGAUAAGCAGGACCUCAAGUUCGGGGCGGAGCAGAAGGUGGACAUGAUCUUUGCGUCCUUCGUCCGCGACGGGAAGGCUCUCAAGGAAAUUCGCCAGGCCCUUGGUCCUUCGGGCCAGCACAUAAAAGUCAUCUCGAAGAUCGAAAACCAACAAAGUCUGGCCAAUAUAGACGAGAUAAUCCGCGAAUCCGACGGCAUAAUGGUGGCUCGUGGCGAUAUGGGCAUUGAAAUACCCACAGAAGAUGUGCCUCUGGCCCAGAAAUCAAUCGUGGCCAAGUGCAACAAGGUGGGCAAGCCCGUGAUCUGCGCCACCCAGAUGAUGGAGUCGAUGACGAACAAGCCGCGACCCACACGAGCCGAGGCCUCGGAUGUGGCCAAUGCGAUCUUCGAUGGAUGCGAUGCCGUCAUGCUGUCCGGCGAGACGGCCAAGGGCAAGUAUCCGGUGGAGUGUGUCCAGACCAUGGCCAGGAUCUGCGCCAAAGUGGAGGCUGUUCUGUGGUACGAGAACCUGCAGAACAGCCUAAAGAGGGAAAUCCGGUCGAGUGCCGCCGAUCACAUUUCAGCGGUGACCACGGCAAUUGCGGAGGCGGCCACGGUGGGUCAGGCCCGGGCCAUUGUGGUGGCCAGUCCGUGCUCCAUGGUGGCCCAGAUGGUCAGCCACAUGAGGCCGCCUUGUCCCAUUGUGAUGCUCACUGGCUGCCAGUCCGAGGCCGCUCAAUCCCUGCUCUUCCGCGGUGUUUACCCACUCCUCGUGGAGGAAAUGGUUAUUGGGAGCCUGAACUUUCGACGCAUCAUGCAGUCGGGCCUCAAGCUAAUGGCCAAGAUGGACAUUCUUGAGCCGGGCCAAAAGGGAUCGGUGGUGCUGGUUAAUGCCAUGUCGGCGGAGAAGAUCACCUUCCGGCUUUUUACUAUCCGUCAGCAGACCACCGCCGAGCGGGAUCAGGAGGAGCGCUGCCGGAAAUUGGCCCUGGAAGAGAGCUGCAAGCAGAGGGCUGAAAAGGAGGCCUGUGAAAAGCUCAAGCAGGCGGAAGAAUGCCGGAAAAUGCGCGAGGCAGAAGAGUGUAAGCAGAAGAAACUGGCCGAAAAAUGUAAGAAGACCGAAGAAAAGCGAAAAGAAUGCCCAAAGAAAGACGAUGCGAUGGCAAAAUGCAUGCAAAUGCAGAAAGAAAGCCAAAUGCUAGCGGAAGCUGAGAAGAAACGCCGAGAAGAAUCUGAAAAGUGCUGCAAACUAGAGGAAGAGAAGAAAAGCAGAGAAGAAUUUGAACAAAUCUGCAAGAAAAGUAACGAGGAAGCUGAAAAUCGUAGGAAGAGGGAAGAGCAGUUGAAGUGCAAAUUAUCCGAAGAGAAGAAACGGAAUGAGGCGGAACUCAAGAUAAUUGAGGAGGAGGUGGCCAAAAUAGAAGCUGCCCAGAAAGCCAAGCGUUUGAAGGAGGAGGAGAAGAAGAAGAUGGAGCUCAUAAGCUGCAAGCAACUGUGCGAGGAAAAGCAAAAGAAAAAACAAGCUGAAAAGUGCAAAAGGCAGGAAAGGGAUAAGAAAUUGGCAGCAAUGGAGAAGAGGUGGAAGCAGGUUGCGGCCAAAAGAAAGCAGAAAAGGGAGGCUGAGCUCUGCAAAAAAAUGGCGAAAAACAAGAAGAAAGCCAAGGCAAAAUCAGACGACAAGGUUCUAAAAUCUGUGUGCAAAAAGCUGAAGGAAUCUCUCACGGAUCCAGAUAAUUCAAACAAGGGCAAGAAAUAG